UUCAGAGAAACACGAGCGCCUUCAGAGACAUAUUCAAUCGAGUAUUUGAAUCGGAGGUGACAGAAUGCGGAUUUACUGAGGGCAUCCCAUCAAGUACUCUACGCACGCAGUGGGGUGAAAUGGUGAGAUAUUCGUACCCGGAGUGGAGAGAAGUUCAGCAGCAUACAUCCGAGGGGCAUUGGCGCUGGAUCCCAACCUUAGGACGGAUCAGAAGGACUGCGAGGUCACUAGGUUUACACAUAGUCCCGAAUUAUGUCGACGAUGGUGAGGAAACUUGCAGCCAUCAGCAGAGCCUGGCACCACAAGUCGAGAUAUCAGAGAUAACUCCUCAGCACACGUCUAUGAUACAGCAUCCUGAGAGAAGAGAUGAUGGCAUUACUGAGAUGCAAGAACAAGCAUCAGUACCAGUACCAGAAAUCGUUGAUAUGACUCAGAUCGAUAUUAGCCUAUGCAGUGGCGGCGACAAAGUAUGCUUUUGGUGUGUACAAGAGCAGAUUUUGAAUCAGAAAGCACAUAAAGAAUCGAAUACUGUGGGAUCUCGUUCACGUUGGACUGAUGAAGUGCCCCCUGUCAUAUACAGAUGGUCUAAUAUCGACAGUCAAGGCGUCAAUUCAAAAAUGCUAUUCCUGGCCGGACUUUUUGCAGAUGGACGCCAAUUCUUCACACCUGGGGAUAUAUCUCAAGAAGAAUUUAUCAACUACUUCUCUAGACAUGUUCACAUCGACAAAACGCCAUCACCGUUCAUAUCUACGUUUCGCUCAAUGUUAUCGCCUGUUCACAGAGCACUCUGGAACAAAGAAGGCGCUAUUAUAUCCAUCAUUGACACACAUAAGCUUGAUACCGACGUAUAUCCCGCGAUUAAGCUAUUCAGGGAACAAAAUCUGCGUAUCCGAGGCUACGACGGUAGAGGCGAGUUCUUGCUCGCAGAUGAGCAUGCUGAGAUUGGGCAGUUCCUACAGCUUGAUAAACUUGCAUCUCAUAAAUACAACAGAAAGCAGUUGCAUGGCGAGCUAGCUAGAGAUGCCGGCAAACUUGACCACACUUCGGGAUACGCAAUAGGAAAAUUUCUUAACUCUAUCAAUCUCCCAUUCGAGUUCAGCAGGGAGGUGAGCGAGGGCUUAUUCCACUCCUGGAGACUGAAGAGGCAAGGAACUUGGGAGUCCUUUCAUGAGGGAGUAUGUGCUGGCUACGAUCGCUCUAUACCAUCUACCAGUGUCAGCGAAGUGAGACGUCCAGAAUCCAUUGUUCAUGAUAUAUCGGAUGACGACUCAAUCACCGAGUGUGGAUCUAUUGCAGAAGACGAGAAUAUGAGUGAUGGCGAAUCUGAGGAUAUCGGUGCCAGCUCACCAUGCAUGGGCCGCGAGUUAGCCGCACAUACCUCAGAACGAAAACCCCUUUCCACUCCUGACUGGUUCUUCAUGAGAGAUACAGAUGAUGAACUGAUAACAGACGAAGAUGGAGAGGAAGAAGAAGUCACUGGACGACAAAUUAACCUAUUUUCUGAGCAAGAUUCUAACCGAUCAGCUGAGCUGAUUACGGAUUGGCCUGAAGAAGCCACUCAAGUACUGUCAUCCUUGAACUUGCACAUAUCUCAGACCCGCAUCCCUACCAUCGAGAUCUUCGACCCCAAAACUGGCGGAUGGGUCCAAGAACAAGCGAGACUCGCGCAGAAAAUGGAAGAGGACGACUGUCAAUCCUAUAUGCAGCCGCCAUCCAGCGAUGAUACUCAGGAAAUGAGGGGUAUAUCCGUAGAAGGCGAAAGCGACAUUAUGCAUGAUACCGAGACUAGAUAUUCAAUUCUGAGCAUGUCCCGUGAGUUGUCAGAGGAUGUCCUGCCCCACAUUCGCUUUGUGAGAGAUCGAGAACGUCGACGACGCUGGCUUCUCCAGUAG